UCGAUACUGGGCCUCCAUACACUCUCUCGUAUUAACUGGCUUCUGUUUUUUGGCUCCUCCUCCAAAUAGUCUUUGCGUGUCCACAACCAAAAAUCUCUCUCUCCUCUUCUUUGCCCUUCAUCGAAGCAAUUGCGCUUCCACCUCCAUUCUUGUAAGCAACGCUCAGAAAUUCAUAUCCAACAGUCAAACCUUCAAUAAACUCAUAAGGGAAAGGUAAGAUCGAAAAAGGCUUGCGCAAAUCUUGGAUUUUCUUGACAGAUUGAAUUUGUCGAUUUCGGUUUUGGCGGGGACCCAAGGGAACUCGUCCGAGAUUUGUGGAGUAUCGGGUUCUGUUUGCAUGGAUUGUUUGCAUAUAUUGGCGUGAUUGGAUUGAGACGGAGAUUGGGAAUUCUGGAUUCUGGGGUAGACAACCACUUCGGAUUUUAGUGCGAUUUGGAGGAAUUUCCCCGCGAUUUGUGGAAGCGCGGGGGCAAGAAGAAGAUGUCUAGUUUUGUUGGAGUUUUGGUUUCCGAUCAAUGGCUUCAGAGCCAGUUCACGCAAGUCGAGCUUCGCACCCUCAAGUCCAAAUUCAUAUCAACGAAGAAUCAAAAUGGUAAAGUUACAGUUGGUGAUUUGCCAUCUCUGAUGGUAAAACUAAAGCGUUUCAGUGGCAUAUUUGAUGAGGAGGAGAUUAGGCAAGGAUUGGGAGAAUCACACUCUGAUAUGAAUGAUGAGGUAGAUUUUGAAGGCUUCCUCAGGUCAUAUUUGGAUUUACAAAGUAGAGCCAACACCAAAUUGGGAGAUCCAAAACACUCUUCGUCCUUCCUGAAGGCCACCACGACCACCCUUCUUCACACUAUUAGUGAGCCUGAAAAGUCAGCAUAUGUUGCACAUAUUAACAGCUACCUCAGGGACGACCCAUUUCUGAAGCAAUUCCUUCCAAUUGAUCCGGCUUCAAAUGCUUUAUUUGAUCUUGCAAAGGAUGGAGUCCUACUAUGUAAGCUGAUCAAUGUGGCAGUACCUGGCACAAUAGACGAUCGGGCUAUUAACACGAAAAGAGUACUCAAUCCAUGGGAAAGAAACGAGAAUCACACACUGUGUCUCAACUCUGCUAAGGCUAUUGGAUGCACAGUAGUUAACAUUGGUACUCAGGAUCUUGUUGAAGGAAGACCGCAUCUGCUGCUUGGAUUAAUUUCUCAGAUCAUAAAGAUCCAACUAUUGGCAGAUCUCAACCUCAGAAAGACACCCGAACUUCUGGAACUUGUUGAGGACAACAAUGACGUUGAGGAGCUUAUGGGACUUGCCCCCGAAAAAGUUCUGCUGAAGUGGAUGAAUUUCCAUCUCAAGAAAGCAGGCUACAAAAAAACUGUCACAAAUUUUUCUUCCGACUUGAAGGAUGGGGAAGCGUAUACUUACCUGCUUAAUGUACUUGCGCCGGAGCAUUGCAGUCCUGCCACCUUAGAUACGAAGGAUCCCACUGAAAGGGCCAAUUUGGUUCUUGAGCAUGCUGAGAAAAUGGAUUGCAAAAGAUAUCUAACUCCCAAGGAUAUUGUGGAAGGCUCAAGUAAUUUGAAUCUUGCUUUUGUUGCACAGAUAUUCCACCAGAGGAAUGGUUUGUCCACAGACAGCAAAAAGGUCUCCUUUGCAGAGAUGAUGACAGAUGAUGAGCUAAUGUCUAGAGAAGAGAGGUGUUUUCGUCUGUGGAUAAACAGCCUAGGAAGUGUCUCUUAUGUCAACAACUUGUUUGAGGAUGUCAGAAAUGGGUGGGUUCUCCUGGAAGUGCUGGAUAAAGUUGCUCCAGGAUCUGUCAACUGGAAGCAGGCAACAAAACCACCAAUAAAAAUGCCAUUUAGAAAAGUAGAGAACUGCAAUCAAGUUGUUCGGAUAGGAAAGCUGUUGAAACUCUCCCUGGUAAAUGUAGCUGGGAAUGAUUUUGUGCAAGGGAAUAAGAAGCUCAUACUUGCUUUCCUUUGGCAGUUGAUGAGAUUUAAUAUGCUUCAACUUCUGAAAAAACUGAGGUCGCGUUUCCAAGGAAGGGAGGUUACUGAUGCUGAUAUACUGAACUGGGCUAAUAGAAAAGUAAAGAGUUUAGGCAGAAAAUCUCAAAUGGAGAGUUUCAAGGAUAAGAGCCUCUCAAAUGGACUAUUCUUUCUUGAGCUUCUUAGUGCAGUUGAGCCACGCGUUGUUAAUUGGAACCUUGUAACCAAAGGUGAAAGUGAUGAGGAGAAGAAGCUGAAUGCUACCUAUAUAAUCAGUGUUGCAAGAAAGCUUGGCUGUUCCAUUUUCUUGUUGCCUGAGGAUAUCAUUGAGGUGAACCAAAAAAUGAUUCUUACUCUCACGGCAAGUAUUAUGUACUGGAGCCUUCAGCAGCCUGUGGAAGACUCGGAGUCGUCUGCUGCUGCGUCCCCUUCUACCAUUAGUCGUGGGACAUCACCAGAGCCUUCGGUCGACGAAGCUCAGUCGCCUGCUUCUGUAUCUAUUUCAGAUGCAGCAGCUUCACCUAUUACUAAUGGCUCUGCAUCCACAGCUCUUGCCAUAACUCCUGGCCUGAUCCCUGUGCUUCCUGUUGAUGACUCUUUAUCCCCUGCUACAGAAGCUUCUCAUGAAGCAUCACCAGAGCCGUCAAUCAGUGGGGAAGAUGAUGGCUCGAUUGUUUCUGAGAUAUCACACAUGACUUUCGAUGAUACAGUCUCUGAUACGGCAAUCUCUGCCCAAGCAGAUGAUCUGCCAUCUGAUACUGCGACAUCUGCUCCACCACCUGUGAAUGAGGGGAGACAACCACAAAGUGAAUAGUGGUUGCAGAAUUUUGUUAGAACACAACAUAAAUAAAAGUGUAGGAAUACUUGUGUAGGUGAGUCCGCUCAAAUGGGUAAGUUCUUUGUUGCAAAGUUAUACGCAGAUACAUGUUCUCAGUUUAUAAAGAAAGAGAAUAUGUCAUCUUGGCUUACAAUAAUGAUAUUUUUUGGGGGGGAAAUUUUGAAAUAUGUUUCUAGUUCUGCUAAGAGCUGUUCCAUUCUUCAGUUUGGGAGCAAAUGUUGCCAAUUUUAUAGCAUUAAAGGUUUAUUUUUGUACGCGGUCGUCUGUUUUCUCUAUGACUAAUACAGUUCGAGUGUGAGCUGGGAAAUCAUUGGGAUUCAGAUUC